AAAAAGGAAAGAAAAAAAAUGAAGUGAUAGGGUUUUGGGAAAAGAUAAAAAAAGUCAAGGGAGAGAGAAAGAAAGAAAGAAGAGAGAAGCAUCUCCAUCCUCCAUUAUAAAUACGUGGUGAAGAAUUACUAGGCUUUCUAAUCUCCACCACCACCACCAAAGAAAAAAAUAAAAUACAGACUGUUGUGAUUUCUCAAGGGUUUGGAGGAGAGAGAAAGUGGAGAGACAAAGUCAUGUACAGAUAGAGAAGAAACAAGAAAGAAGAAAGUUUUUCUCUCUCUUCAUCUCUACUUUAUUCUCUACAAAAGAAAGAAAUAGCAUCGUUUCAUAUAUAUAUAUAUAUAUAUAUACUCUUUUUAUAUAUGUUGCGCAACGAAGAAGAAGCAGAAUCUGAGGAAAAACCCUAUUUUAUGUAAUCUUCUGAUAAAAGGACUGAAUUUUUUCGUACUCGAAGUAUUGAUUCUAUGUUCAUCUUGUUCACUUUAUUCAGUCGGCAAUUUAUGUAUGUGGAAUGGUGUUUAUUCUCUGUUGAUGAUGAUUUUGUGGAAGUAUUAUAGUUUAAUUCAGUGAAUAAUUAUACGACCAGUUGAUUUUAUUGGAAGAUCUGUCAAAUCGAGGAGUUGGAGUGAAGAUCGAGUGAUUUCGAUUGAAAAAUUGCAGAUUUCGUUUUCUUGUGAACCAGGAACUUUUUCUAUCUAUUUUGAUCGAACCAUCUUCUAAACAGAUUGCAUAGAUGUGUGUUAAUGGGAGAGUCUAUUUAUCUACGCUCAUGCUGAGGACAUGUUGGAACUUACAAGCCUAAUUGAUUCUGAUCCAGCUUGGAAGUUUUUAAAAGGUAGUCGGAGUGCAUCAAGACGGGCAAGAAAGACAGGUUAUAAAAGCUUAAAGGAUUACUCAGGACUGUUCUGCACAAGCUCAAAGGGUUUCAUCAUGCCAGUAUCUGAGAUUGAAAAGCAUGGAGUAUCAACAUCAGGUCGUCGCUUCAGUGACAAGGCAGAGCAUGUACCUAUCAAAAAGAGAAGAUUCUUAAUCAGGUCUCCAUCGCCACCACCAGUUGCAAUUUCUCCAUGCACUGAGGAGACCGCUGAUCGUACAAGAAGUCAAGAUGUUUCAGAGAAGCUUUUACCAUUGCCAUCUUCUUCUGACAUUAAUUUGAAUCAGAUCGUUGACAAUGAUAAUAGCAUUGGUGCUAAGAAAUCUGACAAAUCCAGUGACAGAUUCAGUGAAGAUGAUGAUUUUUCUGGUAUAUCAAUACUUGCAGCUGCUGCUUGCAGUAGCAGUUUGGGAAGAGAUUGCGGUAAUACGGAGGAUGGCUUAGGCAAUGAAAACCCUUUAGUGCUGAAGCGAGCUCAUGAUGUUUCUAGCAUUAAUUUAUCUUGUACAUCCACAGAGCCAGUUCAAGAGCUUCCAUCUGUCUCAACUGCUGUAAAUCCAUCUCAUAAAGUUGCAAGUGUUAGCAAAGGCAUGGAGGAUGCUUCUUUGGUGGCAGAUUCUCCAACCUUCUCUGGAAAUGUUUCGUUCUGCAAAGAAGAAGAAAUAGUGAGAAAUCAGGGGGUUUCUUCCCGAGACGAGAGGUUGCAUUGGGACUUGAAUGUUGUGGUGGAUGCUUGGGAGCAACCUUAUGAUGAUCCAGGUGCUCAAGGUAUUGUUGCUCAUAGCAUUUCUCAAGAUGCUGAGAAAAUUAAUCAUAAUGAUAACAGGGAAGCAGAAGGCCAUGAUCCUCGAGAAAUUCAGGGAACUUUAUAUGCUGCACAAAACUCUCUACUCUCUGGUGGACCUAUAGUAUCAGCCAAUCAGAGUGCAGGCGAGAUCAAGAACAAUCAUGAUAUUGAUGCUUGCCUGAGUGAGCAGCAUCUUUGCUCAAAUGAGAAGUCUCUGUCAUCCAACUGCAACCUCAAUUUGGAUGUCAUGAAGUGCAUGGUUGAAGAAGCCAGAUGCAGGCAUCAUGAGGAAACCUUCAAACCCAUUGAUGGGUCAGUUGUUGCUGUCCCUGAUCAGACGAUUCAAAUGUCUGCAUCUUGUACUAUAAUUAAGGCUGAGGAUGUUUCUAUGAAGAGUGUAAACUCGAUCGAUAAAUCUAUUGGCUACCAGCCAGUGAUGCAAAGCUCCAAGUCAAAUGUUGGGGUGGCUUCCUAUGAGUUACAGAAUUUUGACAACCCAAGUGCUUCCGAUGCUACCUAUGAUCCUGUGUCAGCUGAAACCCAUAUGAGUUUGUCUGUGUCUUAUAUGUCGGACACUCUGUUAGAGGUUAAACCGAAUUUAGCAGUUCCAUACGAUUCGGAGAAAUCUGAAAUUCAAUGUUGUGAAAAAGAUACUCUCAUAGAGAAUAUUGAUGUGAAAACGGUGGAGCCUCGAGAGCUUGCAAAAUUGGCUAUAUUUGAUGAUGACAGUGGCCUCCCUCGCAACGUGGCACCUGACUCUGAGUCCCAAAGAUUUUUGGCGGUUGGAACUGAUGCAGCAGAUGAGCUUCAGGAGGAUUAUGAUUCCCAGUAUGAAGAUGGGGAGCUAAGGGAGUCUAGUGGGCGUGCUUGGGAAGAAUACGGUGCUGUGGACAGAGAAGCUGAAAAUGCAGAAUUUGUGCCGAAUUACAGAGAAACGUAUACUGCAAUUCCAAGCGAUUACCAUGUCUCUGAGUCCGGACAGGUUGAGGACAAAAACAGUGAGAGAAUGGGGAUUGGUGCAGCUGUCUCUGCUCUUGAUUGUAGCAAUGACAAUGAGGUUUUUAGGAAAGCUGCUGAAGUAGUUGGAAAAGAAAGGGGUCAUGAUGAAGUUGACCAAAUACUUGUGCACAAAACGGAACUAACUCAGGGAAAAGAACCACUUGAGAGCAGUAAGAGUUUUUCAGAUAUGGCAAGUCGAGGUGCAGAUGAUGAUGCGAAGAAGAAUAGAAUGCCUAGUCAUAUUGAUGAGUCACUAGAUUCUCGGAUUAUUGAAACAAGAGUGGAACCAAAAGUAUUCAGAAGGGGCUUGCAGUCACAGAUUGAGGGUCUAGUGGCUCGUGAUGAUGCAUAUAGGGAAGAACAAUUCAAGAAAAUGGAGAACAGAUUUGAACCUGGCUCCAUGAGAUCUUUUGAGAGGGUGCGAUAUCCCUUUCAGAAUCAAGGAAGAGGACGCUAUAGUGGUAGUUGGGAUGGUCCAUCAGACAGUCGUAGAGGUUUCAGGCGUCAUUACUCACCUAUUACUCAUGGACAUACUAAAGUUGACGAUGAUGUUGCUGUACGUAGAGAUGACCAUGGAUGUUUUGGCACUCAAGAUGAUGUAUCAUAUUCUCAACACCUUCCAAAAGGUCGAGCUGGUGCUGAAGGAGAGCCUUGUGGUGGAUUUCAGUCACGCUAUAAAGGUGAUAGGAAGUUCAGCCCUGAUAGAGCCGGAGGCUUUGGUCGAGGUAGAUCCUUUAGAUAUGGCCCUUUUGUUGAGGGCAGGGGAGGCAGGGGAAGAUACAAUGGGCCUUCUCCAGAUGAAUCAUUCCAGUCGUCGCUAAAGUAUCGGCACCCUUUGUCCCGUAGAGAUCGAAGUCUUUCUCCUUUUGGAGUGAGAGGGCAGUCAAAUAUACAGCACUCUCGCAGGAAAUCUCCAUCACGCUCAAGAAGUCGCUCUCCUAUUAUUUGGAAUUCUCCAAGGAGAAGGCUGGGGGCUGGAAGUGGUGGUAAUACCUUUCCUAGGCACCGAAGUAGAUCUCCUAAUUUCAGGCCUGAGGUCAGAAUGCAGAGACUUAGGUCACCGCAGCAACAACCUGGUUUUGGGAUUGAUCAUGCCGGGGGUUUUAGGUCGAUAUCACGAAACCAUGGUUCUCCUCCCCGUAACCGAUGGAGUUCUGCUAGGAAGGAUGAACCAGGUCAUUUUAGAGAGAUAGGUUACAAGCAGCGGACUUCGGCUCUUGAUAGAUCACCAGGGAGAAUUCGCUUGAGGGGAGAUAGAGGUAGUGCCGUGGAUUCCCCUCGAAAUUUGAAGCCUGAUGGCUAUUAUAGAUUUUCAGAUAGAAUUCCUGAUGAUGUUGGUAGAGGAGCUAGAUAUGAGGAGAAUUUUGAAGAAAGAAGGAAACAUUAUGAUCCAAUUCGUCCUGCUAGACGCAAUUUUGAUGAUGGUGUGGCAAAUAGAUUGCAUCCGGAUAUUAAUGAGAAUUUUUCCGUGGCAAAUAAUUUUCGUGAUAGAGAUGCUUCGAGCUUUCAGGACAGAGGCUUCAGGGGUAUGGGUAGCCGCAUUGGUGAUGUGUCGAGGAGGUUCAGAGGGGAGAAUCAUUCUUUCAUGCAUGAAAGAGAUGGAAAAUUUCAUUCUAAUGGAAAGCAAUUUGGGGUUGAUGCGAUGGAAUCAUCACAUAAUCUAAAGUGCGAGGAGCAGUAUCGACCCAACUAUACUGGAAGAUUUUCUGACGUCAAUGGAGGCAACAGAGGAUGUCGAUACGAGAACUAUGAAGACAGACGAAAACACUAUGGCUCAACGAAUAUCAUGAGGCGCAGUGAUAAUGAAGACACAGAAAAGAGGUCAAAUCAUGAUGAAAAUUUUAAGGAUGCUCCAGAUUUUAGCAGGGUUACAAGGCGCUUUGAGGGACGAAUUGCUAAUUUAUCUACAAGGUUUAGGGAAGAGGGUGAGCCAAUUGUGUGUGGACAAGGGGAGAAACUUGAUGACAACCCACAGUUAGUUGAUGUGAAGAAUUCUAGCGACAAUGAUGCAACAAAGGGAGUCGGUCCUUCAUAGCUUUGACCUUGCGUUCGUUCUACUAUGGUAUCCAAUGAUCUAUGGAAAAUUUUAGAUCCCUUUUCUUCUCUUCUCAAAGUUUCCGGACAAGAUAGCAUAUAAUGCCUGCAAAGUUUUUGAGGGUGCUUUUUAUUAGUCUACAUUGCCCCUUGACACGAAAUUUGACGGGUCUAGGAAUUUUUUAUAUCCAGAUACCUUUUCCUUCACUGAAUGUGAUCUUAUCUUGGCAUUUUCAACACAUGUAACUCUUGACAUGAUUGUUGUAGGGUUGAAUCAAUGGAGAUUUUUUGGGGCUCA